AUGGAUAAUACAACAACAGCUAGAAUAAAACAUAGGUCGAUAGCUGUCGUCUUCUUCAAUGCGCACGGCCUUAAAAAUCAAAUUAACGAAGUCUGGACCUUCCUCACUGAUCAUCAGAUUGACAUAUUGCUAGUGCAAGAGACUUUUCUUAAGCCUAGCCUAAGAGACCCAAAAAUAGCCAAUUAUAGACUAAUAAGGAACGAUCGCAUAGGGAAUAGGUUAGGAGGGACCCUUAUUUAUUAUAGGUCGUCCCUACAUGUAGUUCCCAUAGACACGCCUCAAUUAACUGAACUAGAGGCAUCCGUUUGCAGAGUAGCCAUGACCGGUCAACAACCGAUCACGGUAGCCUUUGUAUAUCUCUCACCAAAUAAAAAGAUAAUUAAAAGCGAUUUCGAAGCGCAAUUCAACCUUAGUAAUUCAGUAAUACUAGGCGGCGGCUUAAAUAGCAAACACCAAGUCUGGUCCAAUAACCUUAGGAAAAAUGCAAAAGGUGAUCACUUAGUAAAGCUCAGUGACUACCUAAAUUAUAUAAUAGCUCGCUCUUCGAUAUAA